UUGGCUCACGCCAUUGCCAGCCACGCUGUCGUGGGAUGUGAUUGGGCGAGGCGAUGGGAUGGGGGAAGGGCCUGCUCUGCCAGUCAGGUGAGGACGUUUGCUGACAGAAGCGGCCGCGGUGGCGGCGGAGGAGGCUUGCUACUUCUUCUUUCGAGCCCGGCGGAGGGAUGCGGCGGAACGGGCCUCGACGCUGAGGCGGAGGAGGAAGGAAGGAGGAGGGCAGGCCAGUGAUGAUGAUGAUGGUGAUGAUGAUGCUUCUCUGGCCCUCUGCCCGCUGAUGCCUCCUUCCCGGUCGCCAUGACGACGGGCGACUGCUGCCCGCUGCCCGGCUCCCUGUGUGACUGCCCCGUUGCCGACAAGUCGGUGGAGGAGGGGGCCGAGCCGGGCCGCCCGCAGUACGUUGCACAGGUGACUGCCAAAGACGGGCGCCUCCUCUCCACUGUCAUCAAAGCCCUGGGGCCCCAGAGCGAGGGUCCCUUCUGCCGGAUCUGCCAUGAAGGGCCCAGCGGGGAGGGGCUGCUCUCGCCCUGCGACUGCACUGGCACCUUGGGCGCCGUCCACAAGAGCUGCCUAGAGAAAUGGCUCUCCUCCUCCAACACCAGCUACUGCGAGCUUUGCCACACUCAGUUUGUGGUGCAGCGCAGGCCCCGCCCCCUCACGGAGUGGCUGCAGGAUCCGGGCCCACGCAACGAGAAGCGGACGCUCUUCUGCGACAUGGUGUGCUUCCUGUUCAUCACGCCGUUGGCCGCCAUCUCUGGCUGGCUCUGCCUUCGCGGGGCCCAGGACCACCUCCAGUUCAACAGCCGCCUGGAGGCCAUUGGCCUGAUCGCCCUCACCAUUGCACUUUUCACCAUCUAUGUCCUCUGGACGCUGGUCUCAUUCCGCUACCAUUGCCAGCUGUACUCAGAGUGGCGACGGACCAAUCAGAAAGUCCUGCUGAUGCUGCCGGACUCUGCCAGGCCUGCUCCACCCCCGGCCCCGCACUCCCUGCUCUCUGCCAAGCUGCUCAAGAAGAAGGCUGACGAGACGACGGUAUGAGGCCCAGGGGCGGCCAUCGCACUUUCCUCCAUGGCUUGGACAAUCCGCCCGGCGACAGGCAAACAGGCCUCCAGGCGUGUGCAAUGAGUGGCGGCGGGGGGUCAAAGGUCGCCCGUCUCCCCCCCACCCUUGGCUCUAGGCAAGAAUUUGGCAAAACAGUCCUCUUUUCUCUCAUAUAUAUACAUAUACAUAUAUCCAUAUAUCUACCUGACAUUAUCAUGAUCACCAUUAUAAUUUUAUUUCUGUUCUUUCCAGUUUUGUCUUGAUCCCUUCUUCAAUGCCUUUGCAAAGGGGUCGUCUGUAAGUCUGUCUCUCGAAUUCGGUUGUUCUCCUUGUGCCCCAAUGAUUUCAUUUUAUAUAUAUGAAAGGUGCAAUAUGGAGAGGAUGGGUGGGCGGGGCUUAUCAACAGUUAAUGCUCAGGCAGGUGAGUGAAAACACAAAUCUCAAAUAUCAGUGCAUUUGUCAUUUCACUGCCCUACCUCCCUAUCCCCUUCCCUUCUUUUUGUUUUGCACUAUGUAUGAUUUUUGGGGUAAAGAAGAGCCCCUUCCCCUCUUAUUCCCCCCCCCCCCCAUGGUGUUGCUUUAUCCGCUCUCAGUGCUGAGUUUUAUAUGGGCCCGCAUAUGUAUGUAUAUGUAUACACACACACACACACACAUACUCCCAAGAGGGAGCAGGACACAAAGUAAAGAGGCUACAGAGACCUCUAUUCCACCCCCCCCCCCCCAACCAAAAGUGUUGAACUGGAGGGUUGUUUUCUUAAGAAUAAAAUAAAUGCUGUAAACACCUCAUUGUUUAUAAGAGGUACCA